UUUCAAAGACGGUUUUCAAGAAUGUUGUUUAGAGACUUUUUCUAAUACCUUUCACUACUACAAAAGUCAUUUAUUAUGACGAACCAACAAGGACGAUCGACAGACUUCCGUCUUAGAAUCUUAAGAUUGUAAGUUCAAAGACGGUUAUUUAAAAACCCGUCUUUGUAUACAUUGACCCUUCAUUUUUUCUCUCUCUUAUCUUAUCUUCUCGGGUACUAUGUACGUCUUUGUAUACACAUCGACCCUUUAUUUUUUCUCUCUCUUAUCUUAUCUUCUCAAGUACUACGUCUUUGUAUUCACUGACCCUUCAUUUUCCUCUCUCUCAUUGUUGCCUUCUGUAUCUCCCUUUGUCUUUGUCGCUUUCUCUCUCUAGCAAGAACGACAUGGGUGGAUGUGGACGCCCUCGACGGCAUCGAUGAGGAGGAUGCUUCACCCCACGUGCACAUGAAUUCUGUGUUCUCCAUCAACACCACCGCGCACGUGGCGCUCUUCAGAGCGCUCCAUCGAGCUCCUCAAUGCGCCUUGCUCUGCCACAACCUAAAAUGCCUCGUUACUUUCUAUAACAGCAGCAACAACUACUGCCGCAUUCCGUGCUCUUUUGGCUUCGUGCCGUCGCCGUCCUCGCUUCGAUCCGUCCGCGGACUGCUCCUGCGAACGCUGCGUUGCAUUUCGAGCUUCACGGCUUCCUUUGCUUCUCCUGCUGGUGGUGGAAAUGGCAGCGCUGGAACCGGCGACAGUGGCAGAGGUGACGAUUCUGGCAGUGAGUCUGGAGAUGCUAAUCUCAAACUGGUAGGAGACGCGACUCAGGAGCUUUCCGGACUUUCGCCUAAUGUUAUCAUUCUUGAUGUUUUGGAACUUGCAGGGAUCAUUAAACUGUCAACAUACUCAAGCUUUAGCUUGUUUGAAUGUCGUAAAGUUGUUACCAGCUCCAAAUCACCUGAUUCUGGGAAUAGACUGAUUUAGUUCAACAAGGUCAGGUAAGGUUACUUGUCUAAUUAUUACUGGCACGAACCUCUACAAUUGCUGAAUACGAGCCUUUCGUCCAUAGGAACCCCACAUUCAAUUACCAGAAAGAUGGUAGCUACUUUUCAGGGAUGCAUGGCUACCUAAUGGUACAGUUUCACGUGGACAUUGGGGCUACUCUCCUUAUAUUAAUACAGCCAAACUUCAAUAGUUGCUUAUUCUUCUUGGCAUGUUUAAUUUUCGAUUCCAAUCACUUUCAGAGUUCCCGUUUUUCAAGUUUGUCAAUUGGAUUACGAAAAACUUCACAAUCCGUAAUCAAGCCAAGGGCACAAAUUAAAAAUGUUGGAGCCAAUGGUGACUAUGCUAUGACCGAUCGGGUCUUCCUACCCUAGUAUAUAUGAACAUUUAUGAUUAUGGACAAUGAUGUUGGGUUCCUAUGUCUUUCAGAUAUUCACAUUCUUGCUUUUAUUGAUUGAGCCUAAUUAAAAGGGCUAUUGAAUGGACCCCUAUUGUGUAUACUAGAUAUAACGUGAUCAUUAUCUAAUCCAAGGCUAGGUUUGUUUUCUGUCUA